AUGCAUCUGUGCUCAGCCUUCUCUCCUAGGUUCCGGCUGGCUGCCCCUGGCUCACUUGUUCCUGAAGCAAUGUCCUCCCAGCAGCAGCAGCAGCAGGUGAAACAGCCCUGUCAUCCACCCCCUAUCCAAUGUCAAGAGACAUGUGCACCCAAAACCAAGGAUCCAUGUGCUUCCCAGGCCAAGAAACAAUGCCCACCCAAGGGCACAGCCGUUCCAGCCCAGCAGAAGUGUCCCUCAGCCCGGGAAGUCCCCAAGAGUAAACAGAACAUGAGUUCCCAGCAGCAGAAGCAGCCCUGCAUUCCACCCCCUCAGCUUCAGCAGGAGCAGGUGAAACAGCCCUGCCAGCCUCCACCCCAGGAACCAUGUGUUCCUAAAACCAAGGAGCCCUGCCUCCCCAAGGUGCCGGAGCCCUGCCAGCCCAAGGUGCCAGAGCCCUGCGUCCCCAAGGUGCCGGAGCCCUGCCAGCCCAAGGUGCCAGAGCCCUGCCUCCCAAAAGUCACUCCAGAGCCAGCCCAGCAGAAGACUAAGCAGAAGUAA